GGAGGUCAGUGAGCGGAACCGGAAGUGUCCGUGAAGCCACGGCACCAACGGCUAACAGCUAGCGGAGAGAAAAGCGAGCAUCCCGGUCAUUAACGGACACACCGACUGGCCACGAGCCUCCAGACUUUCUCUCAUGUUGCUGCUCAACUGAAGAAGCUUCUGGAAGCUGCACGCGCACCGUCUCCAUGGCUACGGAGGAGUUGUACGAGGUGGAGAGGAUUGUGGACAGGAGGAAGACCAGGAAGGGGAGAGUGGAGUACCUGGUCAGAUGGAGGGGCUACGGCACUGACGGGGACACCUGGGAGCCUGAGAGCCACCUUUCCACAUGCAUGAGCUACGUGCACGAGUUCAACCGGCAGCGCUCCGAGCAGCAGAGACAGAAAACAUUACUGCGCUCCACCCGCAGCCUCCACCUCAGCCCCACCCACAGAGCGGCCUGCAGACCACCGCCCGCCACCCCUCCUCACAGUGACGUUAUCAGAGACUGUGUCCAGGUGAGAGCUGCUGUCAGUCCGGCCCACCUGCCCCAACCUAGCGACAGAUUUGUUGGCAGUCUGAUGUCUGCACCACCGGCCACGUCUUCCCGCCGUAGCAUGGAUCUGUCCAAGACCGGCAUCAAGAUCCUGGUUCCAAAGAGUCCCAUGAACAACCGGCCAGACUCCGAAGAGUCUUUGAGUCUGGAGGCCGGAGCUCAGGAGGCCCACCUGGUGCCCCCGGAGGUUGCCCUGUUGCAGAAACCUGCAGGAGUCCAGCUGGGUCCUGGAGAGGAGAGGGCCCGCAUGGGGACCCGACCCAGGGGCCAGAACCCCCUGCCACCACCGCGGGUUCCCAUCACACCUGCUGCCAUGCGCUCCCUCAGCAGCUCAGGAAACUCUAUGCUGAUGGAGGCUGUUGCUGCCAGCGGGAUGUCAGGUGUUCAGAGUGCUGUUGCCGGGGCGACAACUGUGAUGGGUAAACGGCGUCUGGAGGAGCGCUCUGCGUUCGAUAAGCGCCUCAGGUUCAGCGUUAGGCAAACGGAGAGCGCCUAUCGUUACCGCGACAUUGUGGUGAAGAAACAAGAUGGCUUCACUCACAUCCUGCUGUCCACCAAGAGCUCCGAGAACAACAUGCUGAACCCUGAGGUGAUGAAAGAGAUCCAGAGCGCCAUGGCAACAGCUGCCUCAGACGACAGUAAGCUGGUGUUACUCGGUGCCGUUGGCAGCGUCUUCUGUUGCGGCCUCGAUUUCCUGUAUUUCAUCAGACGGCUGACGGAUGACAAGAAGAAGGAAAGCAUUAAGAUGGCCGAAACCAUCAGGACCUUCAUCAACACCUUCAUCCAGUUCAGGAAGCCAAUCGUGGUGGCAGUAAACGGACCGGCGCUCGGACUCGGCGCCGCCCUCCUGCCGCUCUGCGACGUGGUGUGGGCCAAUGAAAAGGCCUGGUUCCAGACGCCAUACAUGUCCUACGGCCAGACGCCUGAUGGCUGCUCGUCCUUCACUUUCCCCCGCAUCAUGGGGCUGGCCUCGGCUAACGAGCUGCUGCUCAGCGGCAGGAAGUUGACAGCUCAGGAGGCGUGUCUUAAAGGUCUGGUGUCGCAGGUUUUGUGGCCAGAAACGUUCACACAGGAAGUGAUGCUGCGGAUCAGGGAGCUGGUGUCGGUCGACCCAAUGGUUCUGCGGGAGUCCAAAGCCUUAAUGAGGAACACCAGCCGAAGUGCUCUGGAGCAAACCAACGAGCGCGAAUGUGAAGCCCUGAAAAGAGUGUGGGGCUCAUUGCAGGGGACCGACUCCAUCUUACAGUAUCUACAGAAGAGAACAGAGCUCUGCUGAAACCAGGAUCCGGACCGGUUCCGGUCCAGUCCUCUGACAGACUGGGUUUGGAUGGGUCCUGUGACAGACCAGUUCUGGAUCCGUUCUCUGACUCAACAGAUUGUUUCCUUCAUGUUCUCAGCAGAAUGUUGGUUAGAACCACUCCAGGUCCAGGAAGUAGAUUCUUCUAUAUCAACAGGAACCAACUCCAGAACUAUGAAGCCACCUGAGAGGUUCUCAGGGUUCCAUCCUGGGUCCAUCAGACAGGUGAGGUCACACAGCUGAACAGGUCCUCUCAGCUCCCAAGGAAACGAUGAGACACAACAGGCGUAAAUGGACUGAGUAAAGGUUCUGUUCUGAGCCACUAAUGCCCAACCGGACCCUGGUUUCAGACUCAGAACAUGUUGGACUAACUUCUGAACCAGUUCUUGACCCGUUCUACAUGUCUAGGACUUUGUGCUUGUGCCCAGGUGGACAUGAAUGAUGAAUUGUGACACCUGGCAGGUGAGCUUAUAUUCACAUUACACUGGUUUCAGUCUGAUAAUGAAGGUGAGGUUCUCGAUCGGGUCCAGACCGGGUCAGAGUUUGUCUGAAAGCAGCCGGACUUGCCUGCCAACAUCCUUUUAUUCUGAUCAGGAAUCCAUCUUGAAUGUGAAUAAAAUAUUUAAAUUUUC